AUGGGGAAACAAAUUCUUGACUCAAGGUUCUUUCGCGAGAACCGUGCACCGGGGCUUCCAUCCCCAGCUGAGGUUCGAGACAUAAAUGUGAAGCUGGGUGGUCUCUGGAGCAAGAACUUUCAUCGACCUACGCCAGUCAAAUUUCCAGCCUUGGGGAUGUUAGUCAAGUACGGCGCUAACACAACCAUUGGCGAGGCUGAAACCCAAAAAAUGGUCUAUGACAGGCUACAAGGCAAAGUGCCAAUCCCAGAGGUCUACGGGGGGACGACGGACGGGGGCCAAGGGUUUAUCUAUAUGGCGCUGAUCGAAGGCGAUACGCUGGAGGAAAGGUGGGUUACCAUGAGUGCAAAUGAGAGACUGGCGAUCUGCAGCCAACUACAUGGAAUGGUAAAAGAAUGGAGGGCUUUACAGCACACUGAAAAUGGCCUAUAUAUUGGAAGUUUGAACAAUCAGCCAUUGAGAGAAUUCUUUCUUCGUCAAGAGCCUGCCUUACAAGGACCGUAUCAUGGAACUGACGCCGUUCAUCGAUUCCACCAAGGCUGUGACCUUGAUAUCACGGGCGAGGUACCCGUAGUAUUCGCGCAUAAUGAUCUACUACCUCCCAACAUCCUCUUAACGCGAGGCUCGAAUCCUAGCGUGGUCGCUGUAAUUGACUGGGCUCAGUCUGGCUGGUAUCCAGCGUAUUGGGAAUACUGCAAGCUACGGCGAUGUACGACAAACUACUUCGAUGAUGAUGAUGUCCAGGAGGAAUGGGAGUCUAAACAUUUACCUCUUAUCGUCGAUCCGGUGGAUGAAGAGACCUUUUAUCACCCUUUUGUUUGGUUUUAUCUAUCUAAGGGCAUUUAA